CAGACAGCCAGAGCAAUGUCUGACAUCUCUGCUCUCUGAAAGAAGGAAGAACUGAUUACAAAGCCAGUGCGACGAAGCAGAAAAGAAACAGAAGGAGGGAGGAGAGAGGCGAGAGGGAAGGACGAGGGGGAGAAAUGCAAAAAAGGGCCGACAGAAAAAGAAAACACAGGAGUGAAAGAGAUGCAUAGGGAACACAAAGACGCUGUGUUCGUGUUAGGGAGCUGGUGAGAGCGAUGAGAAAACCGGCAGACUUCAUUCGCUGGUGUUGCUGAGCUGCAGCGCGCGCGCCGUCUCUCUCUCUCUCUCUCUCUCUCUCUCUCUCUGUGCCAGCUUGGACCGAGCUUUGUGUGCGACGUGGAGACUCCUGCGGCGGCUGCUCCCCUUCCCCAUUCCCCGCAGCCUCCGGCUCUGUUUGGGCUAUGGUCCUGACUGAGAACCGGGGCAUCACCCAGAUGCACAAGUCCGACUGUGUGGGAGGGUAAAAGGCAACAAACAACAGCAUGGGAGCGAAGCAGAUGAAAUGCCUGAGCUCCGCCAGCCCUGCCCACUCCCCCAAAGAGGAAUACGUUAUCGCCCAGUCUGCUGAGGUCCCCGCAGGAGAAGCGGCCCCUCAUCGGCCUGAUAACCAGGGGGAAACUCUGGAAGACAAAUCCGAGCCGGCAGAGAGGAAAUCUGUCCCGGAGGAUGUGCCUCUCUGUGGGUUGUGUCCCACACUCGGCCGUGACGGGCAGGAGGAGGAGGAGAAGUCCUGGGAGGAGCAGCUGGACGUCCACCAGGAGCAGCUGGAGAAGGAGAUGCAGGAGGCCAGGAGGAUGGUGUUCCGGCUGCAGGGUCUGCUGCUGCACGGCUCCCUCCCUGAAGAGGACCAGGACGAAUCCGGGAGCUUCGGAGACGGCCGGACGACCGCAGAGCAGCAGCUGGUUCUAAUCCGCAGUCGUCUGGACCAAAGCAUGGAAGAGGGCCUUGAUCUGAAGAGGGAGAUCCUGAGGCACAAACAGGAGACGCGACACAUUCAGGCCAUCAAGGUAAAACCUCUUAACUUAUCUUUGGGACUAAAGUGGAGUGAAGGACGUAACUGUGUGGCUGCGUAUUCUGUUUUGCCACAGGGUGAGGAGCUGCAGCUCGUCAGGGAAGCACUGCGCAGUCUGAGGGACAGUUUCUCAGGUCAUGACCCCCAGCAUCACACCCUGGACACUUUGGAGCAAGGCGUAGCGAGCCUCAUGGACCGACUCCACUCUUUGGACAACCAGCGGAGACAGGAGAAAGGAGAAGAAUUUAAAUCGCCAGGACGCAGAGCCAACUCGACAGACCGUGACUCCUGGCCACMGACCUCCAAAGUGGCGCACUCGCACAGCAGCCCGGGACUAGACGCUGUCGUCUCUACUAAAGUGCUCUACUUCACAGAUCGCUCGCUCACUCCGUUUUUGAUUAACAUCCCGAAAAGGCUGGGUGAAGUGACACUGCGAGACUUUAAGGCUGCUGUAGAYAGACAUGGCAAUUUCAGAUACCACUUCAAGGCUCUUGACCCAGAGUUUGGCACAGUGAAAGAAGAGGUGUUUCAGGAUGGAGCAGUGGUACCUGGCUGGGAGGGGAAGAUUGUGGCGUGGGUGGAGGAGGACCACGGCGAGCGGAGGUAGAGCCAGAGAUCACCACUACAAACCUCAACCUACAGCAUCAAGAAUUUAACCCAAAACAUUUGUUGUGCCAUUAAAGGGGGGAAAAAACUGUUAAACAAUAACUGGGACCAAGGGAGAUAACACCUUCCACACGCAGAAACGCUGGAAAUGUUUCACACCAAGAAAAUGACUCCACAUUUGGGUACUGCUAUAUUUAAUAGAAUUGCAUUUUACACAUUGACACCGGCUUGAAAGUGAACAUGUCUGACUACAGUGUUAACGGCCAGUAAUGUGAUACUUGAAGCUUUGAAAGUUUAGAAGAAAAAAAAAAUGUUGGAUGAGUUUGUUUUCAUGACUGUUGUAAUCUGUUCAUUGAGUGCAGACUUCAAAAAUACAGUGUUGACAUAUUACACAAAGUUCCGUAUUGCCAAAAAAUCUUGUUGUUCUGCGUCGAUUUUGACGUUUUAAUAAACUUAAAUUAUUGCAUGGAA